AUGAAACCUGGGUUUACUACAAUUGUGACUGUUUUAUUCAUAUUAUACUUGUGUAAUCUAUUUUACUCAAUAUGGAUAAUGGUACAACCGCCAUCAUGUACUAGUGAAGGUCUAUGUUUAAAGUCAUAUUUGUUACGAAAACCAAACUUAGAACUUACCAUAUUUGUUGCACCACAUUCAAACCCCCGAGGUCCAGAAGUUAUAUUUGUAAACAAAUUCCUGCUACCAAAUUACAAUGAUUCUUAUGAAAGAUUGAUGGCUGUAGAACUACCAAGACUAACGAAACGAAAUGGAACAUUAUAUGCACAUGUGUUCUUAAGUAAAGCUCAAGAAACACUCUAUUCUGGGGAUAAAUGGACCAAUUUAUUAACCGAUCCUGAUACUGUAUACACCUUAGUACCAAUGUCUAUUUACAAAGAACCUGAAUAUAAAAUUUUUCAAUUACUACAAGAUGGGGAAAACGUAAAAAAGAAUGUCGAAAAACCAGUGACACAUAUAAAGGCUGUAUUACCAGUUAGCAUGUUAAAAGAACCAUUACAUUUUUCUCAGAUUCAUAUGCCUAGCGAUAUUUAUCAAUAUAUAAGAUUAUAUAAAAACAAACACGAGUAUUUACCAAUUUUCCUACAUAACUCUCUUCACGAUAGAUCCUUCAAUAUUACAAAAAUCAACAAAAAUACUACACAUGUACCUAUUUUGUUGCGUUAUGAACCUUUGAGUUACACUGGACUAAGAAUAUUAACACAAACUCAAUUAGCUAUGGUAACAUUGCAGCAAUUUGGAUUCAAAAAUAAAGAUAUUGAUGAGAUUAAAGCUAUUUUUGAUACCAAUCAUUAUUUGUUAUUAAUUUCAAUUAUUGUUGCAUUUGUUCACAUAUUAUUUGAUUUCCUAGCCUUUAAAAAUGAUAUAUCAUUUUGGCGAUCACGAAAAUCUAUGGCUGGGUUAUCAUCACGUCUCGUUAUAUGGCGUGCUUUUAGUCAAACUGUUGUAUUACUUUAUUUGUUCGAGGAAAAAGCAUCAAUGUUGAUCAUUGUACCAAGCGUGAUCAGUUCUGUAAUAGAGAUUUGGAAAGUGUUUAAAAUCAUCCCAAUAGAUUGGAAAAAUCUAAAACUAAAACAAUUAACCUUAAAUCGUGCUGAGGAGGAUACUAAAAAGUUUGAUGCUGAAUCCAUGAAAUAUCUAUCAUAUGUUUUAUACCCACUGUGUGCCGGUGCUGCUAUUUAUUCACUUAUCUAUGAACCACAAAAAAGCUGGUAUUCUUGGAGUAUCAAAAGUCUUGUCAAUGGAGUCUAUGCAUUUGGUUUUCUUUUCAUGUUACCACAACUUUUUAUCAACUAUAGACUUAAAUCAGUUGCUAAUCUUCCUUGGAAAACAUUUAUGUAUAAGGCAUUUAACACUUUCAUUGACGACUUGUUUGCAUUUAUCAUUCCCAUGCCAACUGCUCAUCGAUUAGCCUGUUUCAGGGAUGAUAUAGUUUUUCUCAUUUAUAUCUAUCAAAGAUGGUUGUAUCCCGUGGAUCAAAGUAGAUUUGAUGAAGAUGUUGUAGUACCUGAAUCACCUUCUGAAGAACUAAAAUCUAAAACUGAUUAA